AUGGCUUCGCCACAGGAACAGGCUUCACUGUCCGAUCUUGUACGUUUUCAGGCCCAGCAAAUGACGCAGCUGCUUGCUGCCAUAAAUGGACUGGUGACACUACAAACUGCAGCUAGUUCGGCGCCUCCGACGCCACCGCCUGUACCGACGCCGUCGCCGACGGCGCCGCCAUUUCGUGCCUUCACUCCUGACGUAGAACGCUGGCCAAAAUACAUCACCCAGCUCGAGGCACACUUCGCAGCAUACAACAUACCAGAAUUUGAGGCUUCGCGGCCUCCGCCGCCUUGGCCCACGACUCAACCGAUGGCAUCUCCGCCGCUCGCGCCUACGCCGCGGGCGCAUCUGCCGUCGUCGCCGCUGCCAGUCCGGUCACCUGCACCAGACAGGCGCCUCUCGCCGCCGCCACGGCCCCACCUCCGGCCGCCACCGCCGCCAUGUUCCUCCACAGUGCCAGAACCGAUGGACGCUGAGGCUGCCGUCACGCUGCUGCCGCUGCCGUCGCCCAUGGACGUCGUUGCCCCGCCUCCUCAUCCGAGCAUACCCAGUGGCGUUGCGCGGACGUGCGUGCGCCGUCCGCCCACCGAGAAGCCGACAUGUGCCGUCUGUGGCGGUGCACACGUGGCCAGUUAUCGUGGGUGUGAGGUGUGGAAGCGUGCCAUCGCUCGCCAACGUGGCCAAACACCAGCGCCACGUCCGAAAAAGCCAGCAACGAGACGGCCCGGCGUCCCUUUCGUGGCGGCAGCAUCAGGGGCGCCCUCCGCCGUCCCGACAGCGUCUGCCGCUCCUGCUCCCGCAGCAUCCGAGGGCAUGCCGACACCUGAGGCCCUGCGCCUCCCCCACAGCUGCUCGUGGCGGAACCGGGAGCUGCCUUUCCCGGGACGUCGGCCGGACUGCGCCCCGCCAACCGCCGGCGCGGGGGCCAACGCCACGUGGGUACCCAGCACUCGGCACCGUCAGUCGAGCAGCCCCAGGUGGACUCUCACGGCGAAGGAGCCACGCCUCCCCCUUCCAGUGACGGGGCCGCGCCUGCUGCCUCCACCGCUGACCUGGAUAACCUCGUUGCGCAGCUCACUACCCUAG